GUUCAUACACAACACCAUAAACGGCAUAACUGAAAGUACUUUCACACGGAUGUAAAGGUACAAAAAAACAACCAACAAGCAAUGCGAGUUUCCAUGAAGAGCAAACACACCUUUACACAGAGAUCAUGGCUGAUAAAUCUCCUCAAGGAGGUUCGUCUGUAGAGUCAGAGCUCAGAAUUGUGAUUCUAGGAAACGCGGGAGACUGUAAGAAUAAAGUGGUCAAAUCAGUCCUGAACUGUGAGAAUCUGACAGGAGUGAAAGUUGGUCAGUGUACGUUAUAUCAGCGAGAUCAAGAUGGAAGGAGGAUCAGUGUUGUUGAAGCUCCAGGAUGGGACAGAUCCUCAAAACAACAAACACCAGAGAACAUAAAAGAAGAAGUAAAGAGAAGCGUGUCUCUUUUUCCUCCAGGACCUCACGCUCUUCUUCUGGUCAUCCCGGUGGAAACUCUCUCUAAUGAACCUUCUACAAAUGAAAUCACAGCAGCACAAACUCAAAUGAAGUUACUGUCUGAGUGCGUUUGGAAACACACCAUCGUGCUCUUCGCUUGUGAUGAAGGAAUGGAGGACUCACAAAUCAAAGAACACAUUCGCAGCACAAAGAAAAUCCUGGACAAGUGUGGAGGACGACACUAUGUUCUUCAGAAGAGCGCUCAGAACCAUCAUGAACUUAUAAAGAAGAUAGACGACCUGGUGGAGGAGAACGGUGGUGAUUUCUUCACACCACAAGCUGAACUGAUUAAACUCGAGACACAAGAAGCGUCUGGUGAGAAAGAGCUCAGAAAGAGACGGGGAAGUAUCGCAGAUCCUCCUGACUUGAAUAAAGACAAAGGAGAUGCUGGUGUGGAGAAGAAAGGAACCACAGAGGCUGACAAACCUUUAGAAAACACAUCGAAAAUCUCCAUGGAAUCCACACAGUUUGUAGUGAUAUUGAUGGGUGUAUUUGGAGCUCUUAUUGGUGCAGUUGCUGGAGCUGAAAAUGGAGUUUCAGGGUCUGUCACUGGAUUAUUCUUUGGUAUCAUUGUAGCAUUUUUACUUGCAAGUAUCAUCAUGUACAUUUACACUCGCAUUUAUUUACGCUCUUUAAAGAAACCAGCAGAUAGUAGGGUGCAUUCAGGUUGAUUGGGACACAUUUUGGUAUUGGCUUUUUUUUUUUUUUUUUGUGAAAAAUUUCCCAAUCAACCUGAGCUCAUCCAAACAUUAUAAACAUCUGAAUAUUGAGCUUAUAAUAUAGCCUAUGUCUUUGUACACUUCACACUCCUGAAUGAAACACUCCAUACUAGGUGAGGGUGAAUACAGGUAAAGUUUAUUAUUUCUUGGGAUUUAUAUUUUAAUGUUCCUUCAUUACUAAACGCCAACAUUCCUCAACACAUUUAGACAGCUUUAGCAAUUCAAUGUGUCCCGUGACUCUCUUCUGUCUGUUGUUUUGUCUAAUCCUGGACAAUCCCUGCUCUCUUGGCCACAUAUCAGGCUCAUAAUUACAUGAGGUCCAUCAUGGUAAACGUAAAGGCUACAAUUUCCUCAGAGUCCGAACUGUCAUUGCGAUCCAUUCACUCUUAAGAAAAGGUUCUAUAUAGAACCUUAAAAGGUUCUAUCAGCGCUACGUAUUUGGAUCCCCUAAACGGUUCUAUACA